AUGGUCGGGGACAUUGUCAUUCUGAGCGAGUUCACUGAUAACGUUUCCUCGGCAGGGUUUGAGUUGCUCAACUUGGCCGAUAAGGUUGAAGAAGAAAUGCUACCUUACUACGUACGGGACCAAUACUACCCGAUAACAAUUGGGGAAAUUGUUGGUAGUCGUUACCAGCUCGCCCGCGAUCUGCGGGACCAGACAUUUUGGGCACUCAAAGUUCACAUUAACAUUAUUGAAAACAAUCAGGAACUCGAAUUAUUUCGCCACUUGGCUAAUACCCCCAUGGAAGAAGAGUUCCUACAUACAGCAGCACGCCCUCAUGGUGACUACGAUGUUUUCGUCUUGCCUCCUAUGCAAAAGACUCUUCGCGAUUUCCGGGCGGCGCUUCGAGACGGAAUAUUUCAAUCGCUUUUCGUCACGCAAGCUCUUAACCAGGUUCUUUUGGGCUUGUGCUACCUUCAUGUUGCGAACAUGGUCCACACAGACCUUCAUUUAGGCAACCUACUCAUCGGCCUUUGGGAUCUAUCAAAAAUGUCUAUAAUGGAAGAAACGGAGCUACAUACACCAUCGGGGGCCGGUGGUCCUCCCACUAUCUGUGGUUUUGGGCGGGCCCGGGUAGGUGGAAAGCACAGCGGAGUGGCUAUGCCACUUCAGUAUCGAGCCCCAGAAGUGAUUCUCGGUAUAGAAUGGGGCAUUCCCGUAGACCUCUGGAGUGUAGGACUCGUAACUUGGGAUCUCCUUGAAAAAGAGCUUUUAUGUGACAUAUACGAUACACACUCCCAGGACCUGAAUGAUACGCACCACCUUGCUGCUAUGACGGCCCUUAUUGGCCCGCCACCAUCUGGGUUUCUCAAAAGGAGCGAUAGGACAGCCCAAUUCUGGAAUAAAGACGGACAUUGGAUUGGACCUAUUCCUCUACCUUUAAAUAAAACUCUCGAAUCUCUUGCUGGUACUCUGAAUGGAGAGGGGAAGGAUAUUUUUCGACUUUAUCAAGCAAUUACUGUGGUGGAUUCUAGAAGGCCGAACUAA